GGCGGCUUUGCGUGUGUGCAAGGCGGUGGUGGCGGCGCUCUCUAAUUCGGGUCUCCCCGUCUGUCUGCUCCGAAGUUUGGCGAGCGGCCCGGCUUCCCUCCCUCCCUCCCUCCCUCCCUCUAUCCCUCUCCCCCGCUCAAUUAGCCUCUUCUAUACUUUCGUCGACGGUUUUGAGGCUGUGGCUGCCGGCUGCUGGGGCUGACAGAAGCACAGAGGUGGACGUCAGGAGGGGAGGGUGCGUGUUGGGCGAUUUGGUUGGUUCGGCCAGGCUGUCUGUCUGUCUGUCGUUGGGAAGGUACUAGGCUCCUACCGUCUAUCUACCACGCUAUCUUGCGACAUUCGGUAGCUGCGUAAUCGCAUCUCGCAUCGUGGUUGUGGGAGUAGUAUUUGGUUGUGUAGGCAGGGCAGGGCGUGCUGUUGUGUGGGGGCGCUCAGUACUAGUAUUGCGAUUUGAGUGCCCUCUGUCCGUCCGUCCGUCCGUGUGUGUGUGUGUAUCGCAUCUCUCUGGAUAGCAUAGCAGUGGGGCGGGCGUUACAUUGAUUGUCCCUCUUUACUCUUUCUGCGUGGUAGUGGUCAAUAUGUGUGUGGUGUCGCCCUGACAGCGGGCGGCUGGCUGGCUGUCUGCCUAGCUUGGUAAUUCAUCUCGUCCUAUCUAUCGUCUGCUGUGGUGCUAUUUAAACGACCGAUUGAUUGCCUGAGUGCCUGAGCGCCUGAGCGCCUGUCUGGCUGUUGCCCUGCUGCACACACACACACACAGACGGUUGGUGGUGUUUUUGCGCCAACUGUUUGAGAGCAGAGGCGCACGGCACACACCAGCUUGGUUUUCUAACUCUUUUCCUGCUACUCGACUCACUCAUUGAGUGACUGACUGACUGACCUCACUGACUUGACUUGUCUCUCCUGGCUGCUGUCCCUCCCGAUGCUGACCCCUUCCCGGCGACGGCCACUGCACGCCCCACCCCCAGCCACCGAAUCCACCGGUGCCCCAGCCGCCCCAAGCCCCUCUUCCACAUCAUCGGCGUCAUCUCCCGAUCGACGGAUGGCGCAGGCACCCGCCCCCCCUCACCCCCGUCACACACCAGCAGCAGCAGCCCCGCCCCCUCCACCUCCCCAGCCCGGCCCUGUGCUGCCCCACGGCCACGCGAGGCGGCGGCAGGUUUUCAUGUCGAUUGCCUUCCUGCUGCUGCUGAUGAGGACGGGUGGGGAGGGGCAGGUAUUGGCGGGGGAGAGGCGGCUGCGGGGCGACAAUGAGGGCAGGGUGGAGGCACUGGCGUCAUCUGAUGUGGAUAAGGACAGCCCCUCAUCCCUGCCAUUCCUCCCUGGUAAGGAACGUUGACGAUGGCCACACACUGUACAUGUAUGUGGGCUGGGCAUCCAUCGACCUAUCUAUCCACUGAUUGUGGGUGGUAUGUAGGUGGCGAGCUGGUGGGUGCGGGCUCGUGUCGCACGUCUGAUGCCGAUGCGGGUUCUCCUACGCACGUGAGCUCCGCAGACCUGGGCUCGUGUCUGAAGCGGUGCGUCAAAGAGGCAGGCUGCCACGGCAUAGAGUACGUCUUCGACCGGGACCAGAACUGCAUCAUGGUCCACAGCCCAAUCCUGUUCGCUGCCCCAAUGCCCGACAAGAAACACGCUUGGUGCUAUCGCAAUGGUACGCUCGAUGCUCAGCCACACAACACACACAACACACACACGGAUUGUUCUCUCUGUCUAUCUGUGCGUAUUGUCUGUCAGCCGACCGUCGGCCUGAGGUGAAAGAUUUCCAUCUGCUUGGGCAGGGUCAGUGCGGCUCCCCCCAGCACAAGGGCGACCUGUAUGCGGCCAUCACCCGCCCGUCUGUGUACGAGUGCGCAUCCACCUGCCGAGACGACCACAACUGCCGCGCAUUCGCCUACAGCAUGCAGCAGCGGAGGAAACGCGGCGGACACGCACACGGCGCACACGGGGGCCAGGGCAACCGCAACGGCGGUGGCAAAAAGGACGCGAGGAAGCGCCACGGCAAGGGGCAGAUGGCCGCCCACGGUGAAGGGGAGACGCUCUUCGAGAUCGUCGACACCGUCCCUCACCUGGACCAGGAUGAAAAUGAGGAUGGCCCCGCUGAUCGCAUUGAGGAUGAGACAAUAGACGAGGAGCAGCAGGACGCCGCCGGCAACGACACUGAGAGCGACAGCGGCAUCGCAGCGGCCACAGAGGCGCCGGAAUCGAGCUAUGGUGAUGACGAGUACUACCCUGAUUCCGUGUACGACAUGGACGGGGCGGACGGCUACAGCUACUACGGCUACGAUGACGGCAUGGAAGACAUGCUCUACGGCAGCAGCAGCGACGAGCUGGUGGUGGCGCAGGCGCGUCACGGCAGCAACUGUGAGCUGUUCGGUGAAGCCGUCAAGAAGACACACGGGCCGAGCCUGGACAUCAAGGACCACGACUCGCGAACAGCAUGCUUCAUCAAGAUGGGUAUGACAUGGCACACAGAACCAAACAAAAGAGGGGCAGGGGUAGGCAGGCAGGAAUCCACGUGCAUCUCUCAGUCUGUGUGUGUGGAUGGUGUCCUGUCCUUUCCUGUCAUGCCGCAGACAAGUGUGCGACGGUGUAUGCGUACGACGCAGGCAACUCGAUGCCGAUGAGCAUGGUGGAGUACGACGGCGAGCCCGCCGUCACGACCAUGAGCGAGGAGGACCUCAUGGCCACAGACGGCUUCUCAUCCUCACCCGACAGCGCCCCACUCGCCAAGGCGAAAGGUGUCACCUACAGCGCCUUCGACCUCGACACCGUCGUCACUCCCGGCCAGGUCAAGGCCAUGGGCGUCGGCACACAGCGGCCCACAGAGGCCGACAGCCCCAACAGCAGUGCCAACAGGGUGAUCGUCAAGCUCAAGCAGCCGCAGGAGGGCGUCGUCCGCGCGGCAGCCAUUUCCAAGGUGCUCGAGUUCCAGACGGACAGCGGCAGCAAUGUCAAUGCGACCGAGCGCCGGUCGCUGGUGGCCGCCGUGACGCACCUGAACAGCCUGUGGAUGGACGUGGUCGACCUCCCGCACGACAUGGACGCCCUUGGCGCGUGCGAGAAGGCCCGCGUGGACCCAGAGGUCGAAUUUUGCGAGCCUGACGUCAUCGCGCGCAAGCUGGAGGUGCCCGGGACACGGCAGGUGUUCGAGUCGCCCCCGCCGACGCGGUCGGGCCGGCGUCCGCCCAUGGCCGAGAAGACCGAGAAGCGGUGGGUGCCCAACGACCCGCAGUUUGUGGAGCAGUGGGGGAUGGACAACGACCCCGGCAACGACAUCAACCUGCCUGAGGCCUGGGCGUCGUUCGACAACGACAUGGUGGAGCGGCGCAAGAAGCCCCCCAGCCCCGUGAUCGCCGUCAUCGACACGGGCGUCGACUACACGCACCCCGACCUCAAGGGCGCCAUCUGGACCAAUGAGGACGAAAUUCCCAACAACGGAAUCGACGACGAUGGUAUGCUCUGCUCUCUCCUUCUGUAGUCAGGCAGCCCCAGCCACAUUGUGACAUCCAUCCAUCCAUCCAUUGGUUUCAUUUGUGGUGUCUGUCCUGUCCGGUGUGUAUUGCACGCAGGCAACGGUUAUGUGGACGACAUUCACGGGUACGACUGGUGCAACAAGGACCCAGACCCCAUAGAUGACGACGGCCACGGCACCCACUGCAGCGGCACCAUCGCCGCCAAUGGGGACAACAAGCAAGGAAUCGUCGGCGUCGCGUGGAUCCUCAAACCCAAGAUCAUGGCCCUCAAGUUCCUGUGCGGCGACGGAUCGGUCAGCCCUGCGGGCACCACUCACACAACCACAGCCAUCGAUCUCCAUCCAUCUGUGUGUGCGCAUGUGGCUGCAAUGCACUGCAGGGUAGUGUGAUAGACGCCAUCCAGGCGAUCGACUACGCCAUCACCAACGGGGCCACGUUGACGUCCAACAGCUGGGGCGUGGUGGACAGCAGCGGCUACAAGCCUCUAGAGGUCGCCAUCAAACGCGCCCUCGAGGCCAACUCCGUCUUCAUCGCAGCGUCGGGCAACUCCCGACUCAACAACGACGAGACGCCCAAGAACUACCCCUCCUCGUUCGAGUGGGACAACAUCGUCGCCAUCACGGCCACCGACCAGGAGGGGCAGAUAUCGCCUUUCGCCAACUACGGCCCCACGACGGUCGAUGCCGCCGCCCCAGGCAGCAACAUCUACUCGACCGUUGCGGGAGGCAAAUAUGGUGUACUCUCGGGCACAUCCAUGGCUGCACCAUUCGUAUCAGGUGAGUUCGGGGGUCGCUCAGAGGGACACCCAUAGACACAGACAUGAGCACACCUCUGUGUGUGUGCGUGUGUGUGGUUUGGGUGCAGGUUUGGCGGCCUUGAUAUGGGCGACCAACCCUGAUUUGAACUUCUGGCAGAUCAAGGACAUCCUGCUGUCGACGGUCGACAAGAUGGACUCACUCAAGGGCCAGUGCACCACCAAGGGCCAGGUCAACGCGCUCCGAUCCCUCCGGAAGGCCCAGCAGCUCGCAGCCGACAACAAGCACACCGUCCAGCUGCAGGACGUCAAGCCACUCAGGGAGAACUUCCACCUCAAGCAGACGCUCUUCCCAGGUGGCGUCUCGCUCGCCGUCCUGCCGGCGCUCAGCAGCUACUCGGCCGUCAGCACCAGAAUUCUCGACCGCAACACCUGGCACGACGUGGUUGACGAGCACACCGACAAGCGGGCCGACAUCGGUGGGGGGCUUGCGAGUGCGUGCGGUCGCUCGAGGGACGGCGGGAUGGGCGUGUGUGAGUUGGAUGAGGGGGAGUUCCAGGUGGUGGCGGAAGUUUUGGACAAGGAGGGCAACAGGAUAUGCGUCGAGAAGGUGUCCUUUGAUGUCGACUGACCGACUGACCGACCAGCUCAAUGACCCAUUCACCCAUUCACCCACCCCCCCACCCCCCAUCCAUCAGUGGUUGUCGUGUGUGCGCGAAUGGAGAGAUGGAGGGGUGAUCCAUGGAUGGAUGGCGUGGAUGAGUGCCCGAGUGUCGUUGGUGUCGAUAGGGUCGGCUGGCUUGUGCAUAUGGUAUACCCAUGUAGAUACUCAGAGGGGGGAGGGGGAGGGGGAACAUGCGCAUGUUCCUCCAUCUUUGGCCCAGUGCUGUGUCUGUACUUGCCCGGCCCACAUAUGCCGCCCGUCCCUUGUGUCUCCUUGUUUUCGUCCCGCCAUCCAUCGAUACUGUCAGUCAUGUGUUUGUUCUUUCUUUCGUCAGCAGCCAUUUCGAGCGAUCAACACAUGCACGCGCACAGAACAGCACCGUGCGUACGUGCAUCAACCAACGAAUCAGCUACUGUAAUGGCGGGCACUGAUAUAGAGGGGCGGCACAUGUGCGUGUGGGCGUGCGUGUGUGUGAUGCUAGGUGGCGGUUGGGCUUUGCCGGGCGGAUGGCGGCGAGCUGGUUGUAAAGAGUGCAGGGGUGUGUGUUGGGGUGUGCGACUGUGUGUCCGUGUGCAUGCCUGUGUGUGUGUGUGUGUGUGGGUGUCCUUGAUGCUAUUUAUCCCCUUAUUACGUGAUGAUGGAGAACUCAUGGAUUGCAUGGCAUGGAUUGCAUGGAUGGCGUUGAUGGCUUGACCAGGUUGUGUGUUUGAUGCCCAGCAGUGCAGUGAGCUUAUUGAUCGGUAGAUGGUGGGUGAGUGACAGCUUGUAGGUAGCUAGAUGGAUGGAUGGCGCGUGCCUGCCUGCCUAUGAGUAGGUCUAUGGACUGCAUACGUGUGCGCGUGUACCGUGCGUAGGUGUGCAUAUCUGUUUGUCCGUGUGCCUGGUGUGUCUUAUCUAAUUGUGCGCUCUCUGUCUUUCUGUCUGUCGUGUCCUUCUUUACUAUGCAGCACCUGCAGUGCAUUGCAGCACACACACCAUCCGACGUUGUCGACAGACAACUUAGGUACACAGCCACGCACAGCCAUCCAUCGUGGUGCAUGCCGGCUAAUCCUCCCUAUAUAUCGGUGCGGUGGAUGAGUGUGUAUAGUCGCUUUCCACUCCCUGUCCGCAUAAUGUCCAUCUUCGCCUGCCUGCCUGCCUACCUAUGUGUUCAUGGCGUAUGUAUUUAUCCCUCCAAUGAACGACUUGCGUCUUCAUGUGCCUCUGUCUGUGUGCGUCUCUCUGUGUGUGUGUGAUGUGACUGUCUGCUGUCUGUGGUGCAUUUGUUUUAAGUUACAGUGUGCCACUGACUGACUGGUUGAGAUAAAUUGGUAUUAUUAUUG